AUGAGAGCGCCGCGGCGCGUGGCAAGUGCUCUGCUGCUGCCAAUCACUCUGUUAUCAUUACCACACGCCUAUGCUACCAAUUCGACCACUUACCGGGAGGAAUUGGAGUCAUCUCUGCGUUUGGUACACGCGGUGGCGACGGGUGCUACGGGUGCAUUGUGCGUCACCCAUCAUUACGGAAGGCUGAAAGCACCCAUGCACACCUCACGCUGGGACGCAGCACGAGCCAGAGCGGACCUCACGGCUAAUAUUCUGCAACAGCUGGGAUUAGAAACCGCUGAAGUGCUUAUGGCGGUAUCUCAAGGUUUAGUCAUGGGAGCCAGCAAUUCAGAGCGGGCAGUUGGGGCCAGAGCUCUAGCGUUAAGAUCUGACGGGGUCGUAAAUAGUGCAGUGGCAUGGGAGAGAUAUGGUGCUGCUGAACCAGUGGCGGUCGUGUCCCCACAACUGGAGAAACCACCUGAUUCUGAUUAUCCUUGGUACGUCUCUGCUGAAGACACCGAAUCUUUAAGGUCGCCAAAGUUCAUGCCCUCCCCUCCAGGUGCCGCUAUGGAAGGAUGGUGGACCUUCCCUUACUAUAGUUGUGGAGCUAAACGAUGGCUGCUAUCUUAUACUGUUCCUGUAUCAACAAUACGAGGAUUAAAGGGCGUUGUUUCGUUAGACAUUGAUAUCUCUAAUCUCGAGAUAAAUCAGUGUGAAGUGGAAAAUAAUGAGGACAAUGACAACCAAAUUUAUUCUUUUCAUGGAACACAUAAAUGUCCGAAUGAAACAACAUAUUGUGACUACAGACCCAAUAGAGAGAUAAGUGUACGUUUUCCUGGCUGGGCUCGCGGCUCCUACAUUUGCAAAUGCCGUCCUGGUUUUUAUUCCAUGCAUCACCCCGAUGGUUUUAAUGGAUCUCUUGUUGAAGUGGCAUAUCAAGAAUACGAAGAAAAUGGCUUAGAAAACUGGAACGAACCAUACGAAUGUCUGAAAUGUCAGCCUGGCUGUGAGACCUGCCGUGGGCCGGAGCCUUGUCUUGCCACUUAUAACUGGCCUUUUCGGAUAUCUCUGUUGGUGAUAUCUGUAAGCUGCGCGGUGAUGACAGUCGUGUUGGUGAUCUACACGCGUCAUCACCGACGUGUGAAGGUGUUCCGUGUAGCCAGUCCUGUAUUUCUAUCAAUCACGUUACUUGGAUGCGCCAUCAUGUAUAUGGAGAUGGCUGCCAUAUUUCCUGUACUGGACCGAUAUUCAUGCAUCGCAACAAAAUGGACUCGACACAUGGGCUUCUGCAUCACCUACACUGCGCUACUCAUGAAAACCUGGCGAGUAUCUCUCACGUUCCGCGUAAAGUCUGCACACAAAUUGAAACUGACGGACAAACAAUUAUUGCAAUGGAUGGCUCCCAUUAUACUCAUCAUGCUUGUGUAUCUCGGCACUUGGACACUCUCUGCGCCUCCAGACGCUGAAGUUAUAACAGAUAAUAGAGGGCUGAAAUUCAAACAGUGUACAUAUAAUUGGUGGGACCACAGUUUAGCUAUCGGAGAAAUUCUAUUUCUUCUAUGGGGCGUUCGUGUAUGUUAUCGCGUCCGACAUGCAGAAAGUCUCUACAAUGAAGCGAGGCUCAUAUCUAUCGCCAUUUACAACAUAUUCACGGUCAAUUCACUUAUGAUAGCUUUCCAUUUAUUGAUUUUACCAAGAGCUGGUCCUGAUAUAAAGUACCUGCUAGGCUUCAUACGUACUCAACUCUCAACGUCAACCACUGUUUUACUAGUAUUUCUACCUAAAGUACUACGCGUGGUUCGUGGCACGGGUGACACGUGGGACAGCAGGGCACGUGCUCGAGGAGUGCCAGCCUCCUCGUCACUCAACGGCAUCGGACUCGUGCCGGAUGAUCCGCCAGAUUUGUAUCAGGAAAAUGAGGAGCUUAAGGAAGAAGUUCAAAAGCUGGCAGCACAAAUUGAAUUUAUGAAGAUAGUCCAAAUGGAGAUGCACAACCGACAUCUGCGACCGAGACCAGGUGGCUACUUCACAACUAGCGGGGCACCUCAAAGCCCUAUGCAUUCUAAGGCUAUUAAUAUUUCACAAGAGAAUACUGAUUGGUCAGGUCCAGUGUGA